AUGACACGUAAGCUUGACAGUCCUAUUCAGACACAAAUGUCAGUGGCACUUUUAAAGAGCCCCCUCACCGGGGAAUUCCAUGAGUUUAACAAGAUAGGAAUGAAGUCGCCUGUGGGUCGUAGGCGUGUUUUUGUCCAAACCGAGACUGGUUGUCUACUGGGGUUGGAGUUGGAUCGUAGUGAUAAUGCACACACAGUGAAAAGGAAGUUGCAGGUUGCCCUUAAUUUCCCCACUGAAGAAAGCUCCUUGACCUUUGGGGAUUUGGUGCUUAAUAAUGAUCUUACAGCAAUUAGGAAUGAUUCUCCUCUCCUUCUAACUCGGAACAAUUUUCAUAGGAGUUCAUCGACUCCAUGUCUUUCCCCCAUGAGGGCUGAUCUUCAGCAGCAUAGGGACGAGAGCAGUUCUAUUGAAAUUCUUGGGAACUCGAUUUGUUCUUCAUUUGUGAGGCAAAUGGCAAAGGAUAUCACAAAAGCAUUGAAGAGGGGAAUUGAUCCAGUUGCUGUCCAUAGUGGGCUUGGAGGGGCCUACUACUUUAAGAACAGCCGUGGUGAGAGUGUUGCUAUUGUUAAACCAACUGAUGAGGAGCCUUUUGCUCCAAAUAACCCAAAAGGUUUUGUCGGUAAGGCGCUUGGGCAACCUGGGUUGAAACGUUCGGUUCGGGUUGGGGAAACAGGCUACAGAGAAGUUGCGGCUUAUCUCCUUGACAAGGAUAAUUUUGCAAAUGUUCCUCCCACUGCUCUGGUGAAGAUUACUCACUCGAUCUUUAAUGUCAACAAUGGAGUGAAGGCAGGCAAGCCUAUGGAGAAGAUGUUAGUGAGCAAGAUUGCUUCCUUGCAGCAAUUCAUCCCCCAUGAUUACGAUGCUAGCGAGCAUGGUACAUCCAGCUUUCCUGUUUCAGCCGUGCACCAUAUUGGGAUUCUCGACAUCAGAAUCUUAAAUACAGACAGACACUCAGGGAAUCUUUUGGUUAGGAAGCUGGAUGGUGUUGGAAUGUUUGGCCAGGUGGAACUAGUUCCAAUCGAUCAUGGUCUUUCCUUGCCUGAAACUCUGGAGGACCCUUACUUCGAGUGGAUUCAUUGGCCACAGGCAUCGAUCCCAUUCUCUGAAGACGAGCUGAAAUACAUAGCAAAUCUGGAUCCUUUUGAAGAUUGUGAGAUGCUGCGAAGGGAGCUUCCAAUGGUACGUGAGGCCAGUCUCCGUGUUCUGGUUCUCUGCACGGUUUUCCUCAAGGAAGCUGCUGCUUUUGGUCUAUGCUUGGCUGAAAUUGGUGAGAUGAUGACUAGGGAGGUUCGUCCUGGAGACGAGGAGCCUAGUGAGAUUGAAGUGGUUUGUCUUGAGGCAAGGAGCUUGAUAGGAGAGAAGGAAGCCGAGUCCCCAAGAUCAGACUUAGGCGGUGAAGUUGAAUUCCAGUUCGAUUUAGAUUGUGAGGAAGGAAUGUGCGAUAAACCAGCAUUCCCACCCGGAUUCACUUUUGGAAACGCUCGUAGCCAUUUGUCAAAGGUUGAAGAAACUACAGAGGACGAGGAAGAAGAAGACAAAGGGGACGUAAGAGCUGAUGUAGAGAGAAUGCCGGCCAUUGCAAAGCUUUCAAUGUCUCUAAAAAGCACUCUUCUUGGGGAGAAGAUCCAGAAGUUUCAGAAACACCCAGGAGUGAGAGCAGAGAGUGCAUAUGCAUCGUCUGGGCAAAGGAGUGCAUAUGCAUCGUCUGGGCAAAGGAGUGCAGACGAACAGAUGCCAGCAAGCACAAGCUUUGUAAAGCUGUCGGAUAUGAGCGAAGAGGAGUGGAUGAUAUUCCUGCAGAAAUAUCAAGAGCUGCUUUAUCCGGCAUUUGCAAAGCGCAAGGCGAUAACUUUAGGACAAAAGCAGAGGCAGAGGCUGGGGACUUCGUGCCAGUUUUGA